GCAUGCUUUCUGUUCCUUAAGGGUUUGGUAUUACUUUGCACGAGCUAUAGAUAGAUAGCUUGGCUUUGGUGGGCCUAUAUAUAGAAGCCGGCAGAGGGCAAGUUAAUGGGCACCAAGAUCUUCGCCGCAACGUUCAAGUCCUUAAUAUCUGCCAUCUCCUACUGUUACUUCCACUUUCGAGAAGAUCACGGUGGUCUUCACUCUGCCGUCCCCAUCAUCAAAUCCUCCUCCAACAACAGCAACAGCCGACGAACCAAAAACAACAACAUGCCUAACAAGUCCCGCCCACUUUCUCUCCAGACUGUUGAGCUGAAAGUCAGGAUGUGCUGCAGUGGUUGCGAAAGGGUCGUAAAGAACGCCAUCUACAAGCUUAGAGGUGUGGAUUCGGUGGAGGUGGAGCUAGCGAUGGAAAAGGUGACGGUGGUGGGGUACGUGGAAAGGAACAAGGUGCUCAAAGCCGUGCGGAGGUCCGGCAAGAGGGCGGAGUUUUGGCCUUACCCGAAUCCGCCGCUCUACUUCACCACCAGUAACAAUUAUUUCAAGGACACCACCGCCGACUUCAAGGAGAGCUACAACUACUACCGCCACGGCUACAACCUUGCCGACCGCCACGAGAGCGGAAGAGAGAGGAGAAGAACAGUGACAGAGAGGGAGAAAGAGGGAUCAAUUGAAGAUGGAUUUCUCAUCGAUGGCAGGGCAGCAGGGAUCAAAUCCGAAAAUCUCGACGGAGGAAUUUAUGGAUCAGUUCAAGUCUCAACUCGCCCAGGCGUAUGCCCAGGAGUUCCUCGAGACGCUGGGAGGGAAGUGCUUCGACAAGUGCGUGACGAAGCCAGGAUCAAGCCUGAGUGGGAGCGAAAGCAGCUGCGUCUCAAGGUGUGUGGACCGCUACAUUGAAGCCACCGGCAUCGUCAGCAGAGCUCUCUUCAAAGCUAACCAAUGAAGAAAGCCUUGUGUUUCCUGGAUUCACAACUCAAAAUCACAUCUCCUCGCCCUCCCAUUGUUCCUCUUUUUGUGCCUUUUUGGUGGAUUAUACCUGAGGAUUUGAAGAAACGAGUUCUGUCAUGUGAACCCUUGAGGCCAUUCCUCUUAACAUAAUACUCUGGUCUCGCUGUUUGGCAAUGUGCAUGUAUGAGUUAAAGUCCAUACAAUUUGCGUUUGCAGCUUCAUUUAUCGUAGAGCGGGAAGGAUGGCAUUGUUCACAUAUUGAAUGUGGCAGAGACCGUGCUAACAUGGCUAUGGCAGAAAAGGUAGUAUCUUAACAAAAAUGGCAUUGUUCCCUACUUCUGUCACACACCUGUAGGCCUCAGGCGGAU